UUACAGAGUGACGUGAUCGCGCCGGUAAGUACCCCGGCUGAAACAUGGCGGAGCCCGCUGACGGCCGUGCGUUCGCCCCAGGGGAGCGAUGCGAAGAUAAAAUGGCACGGAGGGCAAGGAUACGCGCGCGGCGGGCGAGAGAGAUGGAAGUCGCGGCGAGGGCUGAGGCCAUGCCGGCUACGCAGUACACCGAGACGACGGUCACCACCGUAAGCACCACGGCGUUAUACACGCAAGAGACGCGGGUGCACGGGGCGACAGCCGCCGAGACGAACUUAGGAACGCCCGAGAACUUUAAACAGCCAGAAGGGGCCAGCGCCGCCCCAAAAGACCGGGAACAACAGCCCCAGAAGACCUCCAGAUCGAAGGAGAAGAAGGGCGGCAGAAAGCUGAAGAACAGACAUAUACGGGAGAAAAGACGGAGUACGGGCAUUGUGAACCUGCAGAUGGUACUCGCAGACGACAUAGAGGACGAACAUGACCAGAGCCCAGUAUCACAAGAAGCAGUGACGACACACCAGAACGACCGGAAGUACUAGUAACUCAUCGCAUCCGGGUCAGACGCGCGGUGUCCAGUGGGAAAUUCCUGGUGGUACCUGUGCCCCCCCUCCCCUUUAUAUUCAUGUACCACAGAUGUACCAAAUAAUGUAGUUCAAUGACGCUUGGCGAAAAAUUGUUAUUCUAGCUUAAACUUUUGUAUUGCAGGACAG